GCACUGACAGCAAAGUUCAGCGUGCCCUGGGCCUUGCACACAAAGCACCGCCGCUGCUUUUAUGAAUUGAAAUUCCCCACUGUAAAUAAUCUCUUUAUUCGGAGGUAUGGUUCCCAAAAUAGUUUGACCUAUACACUGCGCUUAAAGUUAUAAGCACGCUGUUGCCUGUGUUGGCCAUAGAUGUAGGCCAAACCCACGGACCAGCGUGCACUCCAGACCUACCACCAGUGGAUCUGCCGAUCGUUCGCCUGCCGAACUCAUCCCUAGCACCUAUACUUCGUAAGACCUGCAAAGUGUAAGGAGACUAUCCAGCAUGACCAUAGCUUCAGUUAUAGUCGGUACCAUCGCCACCCAAGCCUUGGGGGCGGUGUGGUUCAACGUCCUCAGUGGGCCAUGGAUGCGAGGACUUGGCAAGAAAUACGAGGACUUCAAGGACACGGACAGCACUCCGUUCAUUCUAGCCGCGCUGGCUAUGUUCGCCCUGUCGGCUUUCAUGUCUUCCACACUCAGGCCCUUCUUUGGAGUGGUGACCGUCGAGGAGGCCGUCCACUUUGCCCUGCGCGUGUCGGCAGCGGGCGCCCUGCUUCAAAUUCCCCACAAUGCCUUCGAGGGCAAAGGCUGGUCCACCUACCUGGUCAAUGUCGGGUAUGACACUCUCUGCUUGCUCAUUAUCUGUGUCGUUACCACAGUGAUUUAGAUUGGACGAAUCGGACUGCCGCUUCAGAAUGCAGUGAAUAAAUUCCAAUAGGCACCAAGGAUAAAUAACCCCACUUAAAAAAAUCGGGGAAAAUACAAAUUGCUCAAGAUAUACAUCAAAUUGAAUAUUAGUUCCCCUCUUUCACUUUCUUAUUGACACCAUACAGGUGUGUCUACCUCUCCAUUUUUAUCUCCAAUUUCCAGCAAAAAAAAUGUCUCAGUGUCCAUUGUACACCCCUGUACCCCAAAAGCUUCCUUAAAAGAAGCCCUGUCAUUUUGAGAAAAAAAAUGACCCCUCCAUUCCGUUUCAAAAUAGAGCG